CUGUGUACAACAUGGUACAAGGCGCAUGUCCCAGUCACAUGAUCGUGUAGCGGUUUGUAUAUGGAACGCUGUGCCGUGUAGAGGCGAGAGGUUAGACGCUACAGGAAGUAAGGAUGGGAGACCAGGUAGUGACGUAAUGCAGCGCCUGUGGUUCCAAACUUCCAGCAUGAAGAAGCCAGACCUGAAGUUGGUGCUGCUGGGGGACAUGAAUGUGGGAAAGACCUCCCUCCUGCACAGGUAUAUGGAAAGGAGGUUUCAAGACACUGUAAGCACAGUCGGCGGAGCAUUCUAUCUGAAACAGUGGGGGCCCUACAACAUCUCCAUAUGGGAUACUGCAGGACGAGAACAAUUUCAUGGCCUGGGUUCUAUGUAUUGCAGAGCAGCUUCUGCAGUAAUCCUGACUUACGACGUCAGCAACAUGCAGAGCCUUUUGGAGCUAGAAGACCGUUUUUUGGGACUGACUGACACAGCUAAUGAUGACUGCAUCUUUGCGGUGGUGGGAAAUAAAAUUGAUCUCACUGAUGACUAUGACUCAGAAAGUGACAUGGAAGGUGAAAGGCCUCGUACCUCCAGCAAGAUCCGCAAACAAGUUGAUUUAGAGGAUGCUAUUGCUCUUUACAAGAGAAUAAUGAAAUAUAAAAUGCUUGAUGAGAAUGUUGUCCCAGCUGCAGAGAAGAUGUGUUUUGAGACAAGUGCAAAGACUGGAUACAAUGUUGAUGGUCUUUUUGAAGGUGUUUUUAAUAUGGUUGUACCUCUGAUUGUAAAGAAAAAAGCCAGUGGACAUGAUGAGACUGUAAACCUUGCACAAAGUAAACCCGAGAAGUCAAAAAAUAGGUGCUGUUAAUAAUCAUCUAGAAGUAUCUCUUGAAUGUAGUCCAACAUCUCAGAAGUUCCCAACUGGUAACAAAGCGGACUGUCAUUCCGACUGUAAUGCAUUAUGCUGCUGAUAAAGAUUUUAUGCUUCAGUAGGUGGCCCCUGAAAUAGCCAUGGGGCAUCAGACCAAAAUACCAAGGCUCUCUAGGUAAGACAAAACAAUGCAGCUCACUCAUGGGGAUUUUAGGAGUCCCAAAGUCUGUUGGGAUAUUUUAGCCAUAUUCUGAGAGAAGCACCAGUUGCCAUCCCUCCCUGCAAUCUGACAUGUAGAAAAGGGGGAAAACAUCAUUGAGACUAUACUACCUAAUAGAAAGACACUGUUUUUAGUCCUCUUGCUGUUUAGGAUACGCCGAUUAGUGCACAUUUUCAGUUCUGAAAAUAUUCCACAGGUAUUACAUUUUCUUUCUUUGUUCGUCAUGUGUCCUUAAUUACACUUGGAAGUAGGAUCGGGUGUAUUUUGCUCUUUAAGCAAGUUAAACCAAAAGGCCUUUUGCUAACUUAGAGAAACUUUCUUAUUGUUUAUGUUAAUAAAGCAUUUAAUAAAGAAAUUGAGUAUUUUAGUAUUUGAUCACAUUUAAGGGUAAAUUCAUAUAAUGUAUAGAAUCAUUUUAAAUUUCAGGAGCUGCAGUCUCAUAUAAUGUUACUUAUCUAAGCAUAGUGGCUACAUUCAGUCUUUAAGGUAAUUCAAGAGGAACUGAUAUAACCAGCUGUUUGUAUAUAUAGUGAAUAUUGUACCCCCUAUUGUAAAAUAAAAAUAUAUUAAAAAUCCAUAAAGUUUCAUGUUUAAGAAGUUCCAUGGCCAUAUAAAAGCACAAGGCCGAGUGCUUUUAUACAGGUCAUGGAACUCUGAGGUGACUUUUAUUAACCUCAUAACAGGGGAUACAUUAUUUAUUAUAGUACAAAUGUGACAAAUUGCAUAACUAAGCGCUGAUUAUGACUGACCGCAUCAUGAAGCACCGUUUAUAAAGAUAUCAUUUACAGGAUAUUCAUGGCUCUUAUGUAUUAUAUACAGUAUUUAAAUAUUCAGUGUUCCUUCAAGAUGUGAAAAAUGUUAUACUUUGUACAGAAGAAAUGUUUCUAUAAGGUACAUAUAUUUCUAAUUCGAAUUUCCACUUACACUUCUUUAUUACAAGAUACUGUAUUUCCAGAUGUUAGCAAGUGGUAUCGCUGCAGGUUUGAAGGAAAUUAAAAGCCAGCUGUUUUAAAGGGGACCUGUCACCCAGACAUAAAAAGCUGUAUAAUUAACCAAUGAACGGCCAUUUCAAAUUAACUAUAAAACCCCAAUUCUUUUUUUUAUGAACGCAUCCAUACCUGUUAUUAAGGUAUUUAUAAAGCUCAGCUGUCAAUCAUAUAUUGCCUGCUUCAGGCAUGGGGCGGAGCUUUCACUUCAGCACUUCUUAGACGUCACUGCACUCCUCACAUUCCCCCCCUCCCUCACCGUCUGCAAUUAUUUAGCCUGGGCAUCACGUCAACCCAUUCUGGCGCAUACACAUGGUUUUGGGGUAAUGCAAAACUUGCCUUAAUAACAGUGUUAUGGUAGCUGUCCAUGUGCUCUAACUGUGGAUUCAGAAACAAGAAAAGAAGGUUUAAAUAAUUUUAAUAGUGUCAGUAAAGUUUAAUUUGCUAGACAAACACAAUAGAAAAGAAUUUGGAAUUAUUUCUUAGGGUGAUCGGUCCCCUUUAAUGUUUUUUUGUGCACUGAAAAAAAAAAUCCUCACGUCUGUCGAGCUGCUGAGCUAAUAGCAGGACUUGCCGGGGGCACAAUAAACAUUUCUAUUCAGGCUUCUUUAUAUUUCUACUUGUUAAAAUAUGUUGACUAAAAUAUAUACUGUAUAAAGUAUUUGUUGAGUCUCCGUAAUGCUGCAUGCAUUUAUAUAUAAAUGUGGAAAUAAAAUCUAGCUUUCUAAAAAGAA